AUGCAUUCCACUGUUGUCGACGAAGAUCCAGACAGCGCUCUAAGGCCCGACCCCGGCACGGAAGCCGACUUCGUCGUCCCCAACAACCCUUUUGCAUUUAGCCCAGGGCACCUCAACAAACUCUUGAACCCGAAAUCUCUAUUUGCCUUCCAGGCUCUCGGCGGACUCUCCGGAAUCGAAAAGGGUCUGCAGACAGACCUCAAGUCCGGCCUGUCCCUGGACGAGGUGACCGUCCGAGGACAUGUCAGCUUCGAAGAGGCCACCGGUCACAAGGAGCCCACUUUCGCCACUACAGGUGCUCAGCCGUCAGCCACCACAAGUCACGCCAGUAGUAAUGGCUUCACCGACCGCAUUCGAGUUUACGGUAAAAACGUGCUCCCCGCCAAGAAGGCGACCCCUUUGUGGAGGCUGAUGUGGAACGCCUACAACGACAAAGUCAUCAUUUUGCUCACUGUUGCCGCCGUCAUAUCAUUAGCGCUUGGUCUCUACGAGACCUUUGGCGCCGAACAUGACCCUGAUGAAGGCCAGCCGGUCGACUGGGUCGAAGGUGUCGCUAUUGUAGCUGCUAUAUUGAUCGUCACGCUGGUUGGAUCUCUCAACGAUUGGCAAAAAGAACGCGCCUUUGUUAAGCUUAAUGCCAAGAAGGACGACCGCGAGGUCAAGGUCAUCCGGUCGGGCAAGUCCUUCAUGAUUAACGUUGCGGAGAUCUUGGUUGGCGAUGUCAUUCACCUAGAGCCUGGCGACCUGGUCCCAGUAGACGGUAUCUUCAUUAGUGGCCAUGACCUGAAAUGCGACGAAUCCUCGGCCACAGGUGAGUCCGACGCCCUGAAGAAGAAUGGCGGCGAUGCCGUUUUCAAUGCCCUCCAGUCUGGAAACGCGUCCAAGGAUAUCGACCCAUUCAUCAUCUCCGGCGCCAAGGUUCUCGAGGGCGUCGGCACCUUUGUUUGCACUUCGGUUGGCACCAACUCCAGCUUCGGAAAGAUCAUGAUGUCGGUCCGCACUGAGAUGGAAGCUACGCCUCUACAGAAGAAACUCGAGGGUCUGGCGAUGGCUAUUGCCAAGCUCGGAAGCAGCGCUGCCCUCCUGCUAUUCGUUGUUCUCCUCAUCCGUUUCCUCGCCGGGCUGUCUGGUAACACCGCCAGUGGUGCUGAGAAGGCUUCGAGCUUCAUGGAUAUUCUUAUCGUGGCCAUCACCAUCAUUGUCGUUGCCGUCCCCGAGGGUCUUCCAUUGGCGGUGACCCUGGCCUUGGCGUUCGCCACCACACGCCUUCUGAAGGAGAACAACCUGGUUCGCAUCCUAAGGGCCUGUGAGACAAUGGGCAACGCUACCACGAUCUGCUCCGACAAGACGGGUACUUUGACCACCAACAGGAUGACGGUCGUCGCCGGCACCUUUGGCUCCGCCAGCUUCAGCAAGUCCGCCGAUGGUGAGAAGGUUACCAGCGCCGUGGAGUUUGCCCAGUCUCUCCCCGAUGCCACCAAGAAGCUCCUUGUUCAGUCAGUCGCCAUCAACUCCACCGCUUUCGAGGGAGAAGAGGACGGCCAAGCCACCUUCAUCGGCUCCAAGACCGAGACUGCCCUGCUUCAGUUCGCCAAGAAUCACCUCGGUAUGCAGGGGCUUGCCGAGACCCGCUUCAACGAGGAAGUUGUUCAAAUCAUGCCUUUCGACUCCGGCAAGAAGUGUAUGGCUGCUGUUAUCAAGCUGCCUGGUAACGCCGGUUACCGACUGGUCGUCAAGGGUGCCUCGGAAAUUCUUCUCGGAUACUGCAACGAGAAGCUCAACAUCAUCGACCUUUCCACCUCUGUCUUGGAGCAGUCCGACCGCCAGAGUUUGGAGGGCAUUAUCGACACCUACGCCAAGCAGUCUCUUCGCACCAUCGCUCUAAUCUACCAAGACUUCCCUCAAUGGCCCCCUCACGGUGUCAACGCCGACAUUGAGGGACACGUUGACCUUGGUGACAUUCUCCACGACCUCGUUUUCGCUGGUGUCGUUGGUAUCCAGGACCCAGUCCGUCCCGGUGUUCCCGAGGCUGUUCGCAAGGCUCAGCAUGCUGGUGUGGUCGUUCGCAUGGUCACUGGUGACAACGCCGUCACUGCCCAGGCCAUUGCAACCGAAUGUGGCAUUUACAGCGAUGGAGGCCUCAUCAUGGAGGGGCCCGUUCUGGCCCGCUCCUCGCCUGAGGACAAGCGCGUCCUGGUCACCCGCCUCAAGGCUCUUGGCGAGACUGUUGCUGUGACUGGUGACGGUACCAACGAUGCACCUGCCCUCAAGGCUGCGGAUGUGGGCUUCUCCAUGGGUAUCUCUGGUACCGAAGUCGCUAAGGAGGCGUCGUCUAUCGUUCUGAUGGAUGACAACUUCACCUCAAUUGUCACGGCCCUCAAGUGGGGAAGAGCAGUGAAUGACGCCGUCCAGAAGUUUCUUCAGUUCCAAAUCACGGUCAACAUCACUGCCGUCCUUCUCGCCUUCAUCACCGCCGUCUCUUCCCCCCAGAUGGAGUCCGUUUUGACUGCGGUCCAGCUCCUGUGGGUGAACCUUAUCAUGGAUACCUUUGCUGCUCUUGCCUUGGCUACGGACCCCCCCACUGAGAAGAUCCUCGACCGCCUGCCUCAGGGCAAGAAAGCACCUCUCAUCACCAUCAAUAUGUGGAAGAUGAUCAUAGGCCAGGCCAUCUUCCAGCUAACUGCCACCCUCAUCCUGCACUUUGCUGGUAAUUCCAUCUUCGGCUACGACCCUCUCAACGAGAAGCAGCAGCUCGAGCUCGACUCAUUGGUCUUCAACACUUUCGUCUGGAUGCAGAUCUUCAAUGAGUUCAACAACCGUCGCCUCGACAACAAGUUCAACAUUUUCGAAGGCGUGCACCGCAAUAUCUUCUUCAUCAUCAUCAACUGCAUCAUGGUCGGCGCCCAGGUUGCCAUCAUCUACGUCGGCGGCAGGGCCUUCCGCAUCAGCGAGGACGGCAUCACCGCCGAGCACUGGGCUGUCUCCAUCAUCCUGGCCGCCCUCUCCCUCCCCAUCGCCGUUCUGAUUCGUCUGUUCCCUGACCCCUGGUUCGAGAAGACGGCCAAGACUGUCGGCCGACCCGUCGUAGUUGUCUACCGCGCCUUUGGCAAGUUCUUCUCGAGGUUCGGCGCUGUCUUCCGCCGUAGUAAGUCCGCUGACGCCGCCUCCGACGAGGAGGCUCACGUUUCUUCUGCCUCCGACGACUCCAAGGUCACUGCACCUGAGAUCAUCAUCUCCACCCAGCCCGAAGACAACAAAACCGCGACCAUCAGGGACGACGAGAAGCGCCUUGUCUGA